AUGGAUGGAAGCGAAGAAACGUUCGGUGUUUCGGGAUAUAAAGAGGCCCGGGCCGUGGUCCCGGACGACGGGGCGCUGCACUCGCACACGGGGGUCCAACUCCGCCUCACGUGCCGCGUGGACCUGGCUACGGAGCCCGUCAGCCACUUCUUCUGGUACCACAACGGGACCGGGAUCAACUUCUCCAAGACGCGCUCUCUCACGAUUGUCACGCACGGCUACUGUAGUUACGUUGUCAUCGAGAACGUGACUUGGGAGGAUUCCGGUGUGUACACCUGCGCGCCCCUGAGAGCGAGCCCGCCAACCUCACGCUCCACGUGCUGCAAGCUUCCAUUCUCGCUCUUCUGCUCUCACGUCCCCCCCUCCCUCGUUGCAGACGAACAGCGCUCCGCCUUGCACAACGGCCGCGGCGACAAGGACUUCGCCCGCGCCGCCGCCACCGCUUCCGUCCUUCUCCUUGCGCCGCCCUCGUGGCUGCUCGUCACUUGCCUCGUGGGCGCGAGGCCAUCCUGCUGA